AUCUUCUCCACAAUCACCAACACAUUACUUUCCUUUACAUUCCAAUCCAGACCCUCAAAUUCUUUUACUCUCGGACCUUCAGAAUUCAUCUCAACAAUGGCGGAGAGGUCCAACUUUGCUCAGACCUGCAACCUCCUCAGCCAGUACUUGAAGGAGAAGAGAAGCCAGUACCUCCAGGGCGACAGCUUCGGAGUCAAGCCGGCUCCAGCGACUAUGAACUUGCUGAACACCAUGGAGGCCAGCCCGGCUGCUGCUGCGAGUCUAGAGCAGCCCAGAUCUGCUCCCAUGACUAUCUUUUACAAUGGGCAGGUGUUGGUCUUCAGCGACCUUUCGGCGGAGAAGGCCAAGGAGAUUAUGGGGUUGGCUACCCAGGGAAGCAGCCCUAUGGUUUCUUCUACUGAAUCCAAUGUUAUAGUCAAGCCGCAACAGAAGCAGAAACAGCAACCGCUUCAGGCUAUUGAGUCGGAUUUGCCUAUUAUGAGAAGGAACUCGCUUCAUAAGUUUUUGGCCAAGAGAAAAGAGAGAGUGAUUGCGGUAGCUCCAUACCAAGUGAACCACAACCAGAGAGCGGGGUCUCCCAAGGCGGAGGAGCAAGCAGGAGGUCAAAGUUCAAAGCAGCUUGAACUCCGGCUAUAGGGGAAUUAACAUCGGAGCUCCAUCUGAUUAGAUUUUAGGCUUUUAUAUCAUGGGUUCUGUGAAGGAGGAGGCUUCUACUCUGAGUCUCUGCUUACAACAAAAUUAAAUUUGUGUAACUAUUUGUUUGAUCAAUCAAUAUAGGUUGAUCCAUUUAUAACAUUAUGAUAAAUACUAUCUGGUGUGAUUAAAUUUCUUUCA